UGCAGUGACAGCGCUUGUCAAAAAAUCCCUCAAUCCUUUCGUGUAACUGCGAAACAAAGCUUGCCAAGAAGCUCUGCUUUGGACAGACACGCAGUACUGACACGCCUUCAGACAGAGAAACAGACAGAGUCCAGCUGGCGAGCCAUGGCAGCAGCAAGCUGAACAGAUGUGCGAGGGACUUUGAUCUAGGGUGCCUGUAGCUAUUUUGGAGUCUGGACAUCCUCUUGUAUUGGAUUCAUCACUCUGCAGCUCUCAGUACGGCAGGUGUUGUUUAAUAGGCUGCCAGCUUGCCUUAUUAUUGACUCUCUUCACCACUGCACACCCCACAUCACCUCAUCCAACACCUGACUGGUGCACCAGCCCUAUCCAGGUUCUCUCUGCAUCAAGGCUGGCCAUGUCCAGUGUCCCAAGCCACCCUCCCCCAGCGGAAAUGUUCAGCGACCCCAUGGCUGAGAGCUGGUGUUACACUCAGAUCAAAGUAGUGAAGUUCUCCUACAUGUGGACCAUCAACAACUUCAGCUUCUGUCGUGAGGAGAUGGGAGAGGUCAUCAAAAGUUCCACUUUCUCCUCAGGAGCCAACGGCAAACUCAAAUGGUGUUUGCGUGUCAAUCCUAAAGGUCUGGAUGAGGAGAGCAAAGACUAUCUGUCACUUUACUUGCUCUUAGUCAGCUGCCCAAAGAGUGAUGUGCGCGCCAGGUUUAAGUUUUCUAUCCUCAAUGCCAAGGGAGAAGAGACCAAAGCCAUGGAGAGCCAGAGGGCAUAUCGUUUUAUCCAGGGGAAGGACUGGGGUUUCAAAAAGUUUAUUAGGAGGGACUUUCUGCUGGACGAGGCCAAUGGUCUGCUGCCCAACGACAAACUGACACUUUUAUGUGAGGUGAGUGUGGUGCAAGACUCUGUCAAUGUCUCAGGCCAGAAUGCGAUGAAUUUGGUGAAGGUUCCAGACUGCAGGCUGGCCAAGGAGCUCGGGGAUUUGUGGGAAAACUCAAGAUUCACUGACUGCUCCCUGUGUGUCGCUGGCCAGAAAUUCCAGGCCCACAAAGCCAUCUUGGCGGCCCGCUCACCGGUGUUCAGUGCCAUGUUUGAGCAUGAGAUGGAAGAGAGUAAGAAGAACCGGGUGGAGAUAAAUGACAUGGAGCCAGAUGUCUUCAAAGAGAUGAUGUGCUUCAUCUACACAGGCAAGGCCCCCAACCUGGACAAGAUGGCUGAUGACCUGCUGGCUGCAGCUGACAAGUAUGCACUGGAGAGGCUGAGGGUGAUGUGUGAGGACGCUCUGUGUACAAGUCUGUCUGUGGAGAACGCAGGAGAGAUCCUCAUCCUCGCCGACCUACACAGUGCCCACCAGCUCAAGACACAGGCUGUGGACUUUAUAAACUAUCAUGCGGCUGAUGUGAUGGAGACAUCAGGCUGGAAGUCCGUGGUGGUCUCUCACCCACACUUGGUAGCAGAGGCAUAUCACUCCCUGGCCUCGGGCCAGUGCCCCUUCCUGGGUCCCCCAAGGAAUCGCCUCAAACUGUCCUAGUGAUCUGGAGGGGCACUCUUCAGUCCUGACCCUACUGUGUCCUUCUGUACCAGUGAACUCACUGCUCCUUUCUCUCAGUCCUCCUCGUGCUCCAAUAGCAUCCAGAGAUGCCGGACUGAUACCCAGGAGGAGCGCAGCUGGGCAGAGCAGAGACUAAUGCCAUAGAGGAGGUAGUCCAUGUCUCUAUAGAUGGGGAUGGUGUUCAUUUCUUUAAGAUCUGAAGCUGCAUAUUCAAGGACUGGAAGCUCAAAACCUCACAUAAUUCCAUAGAUCCUUAUUAUAGGAUACUGGAAGGAGAGAAUCUUGAUCUGCGAAAAUAAAUUAUCUUCAGGCUUGAAAUACAGUAUGAAAGCCAAUAUUGAGUCCCUGUGAAUACAAUUUUGUGGCAUAUUGUCUUGCUUAGUCUCUUGAGUGUUAAGGCCCAAACUAUGUUUAUGAAAAGACAAGUGAAGAGGAUCAACCAACUGGAAAGACUGUUACAUUUAUGCAAAGUGCCAUUCAUCUGGAACACAAAGCUGAACACGUUUUAAUGUUCGCUAUGUCAUAAAAUGGGCCACCUGGAUUCAUGCUUCUGACUAGAAUUGAGUAAAAAGUUCAAGGGCAGUCAUUACACCUGAUUAAUGACCUUGAAUUAUCAAUGACAGUCUCUUGAGUAUCUGUUCAUUUCCAGGGAGGUCAAAAAUUUCGAUUUGGACGUCUUGCAUAUCAAAGGGUCGUUCAGAUGCGGUGUCUUCUGAAUGCACAAAUAGAGACGCGUGCACAAAUAAAAGCCAUGCUAAUCUGUUGCAGCAUGCCUAUAUUUCUGGGAGCUCGUGCCUCUUGAUUCUUUUGCCAAAGAAGUCAAGCUAGUCUUUAUUACUUCAUGAACUGUCGUCAUUUAGAUAAAACCCCUAAAUCAGUUGGCGAUGGAGAGGAUGCACUCACACAUGAGAUGUUUCUUUUUUUCUCCGCACACGUAUCAAACAGCAAAGCAGCUAUGAUGGGAAAGCGGCACUGUUAAUCUGUUUAGAUUGUAGCCGCACCAACUUCAGUCAUCACAUCAGCUCCCAUGUUUUGGUUUCUUUGUCACAAUGUCUAUGACAGAAGUACCACCCCCAUACACCUCUGGUGUCUUUCAUGUGUUUUUCAAGCAUUAUUAGACGCUACAUAUGAACGGCUCCUCAGAAGAUCCACAUUCCUCACAUUUCUGCCAUGACAAGAGUUAUAAAUGGCACUGGGCUUGUCAUAAUGUCUUAGCAGUGUUUCAGUGUAACGCUAAAACAGUGUAUGAUUGAACAAGAUUUUUAUAUAGAAAAUGGAACUUUUUCUCUUUUCAUCAACAUUGUUGAACAUUGUUGAGGUGUUUUGUUUGAGGACAUUUUUUUUCUGGAAUUGUCACCAGACAAAACUGGGUUUGAUUAAAAUACGUCAGUUGAGCUUAAAAAGUAUGGAGGUUAAAUAAAAAUGAACUUGAAUGAAUUGAA